UCUUCACAUCACAGUCAACCAAUGGGACCAAAUUACUGCGACUCGAACUGGACACAAUCAGCAUCGGAUCGCAGGGAGCAACAGGAGGUGGUGGAGCAGCAGCGCCAGAAGGCGUCGGGGGAGCGGCCAUCAUAGGAGCAGCAACGUCGGCAGCAGCUGCCCAGAGCCCCUCGAGAAUGUCUAGCCGAAAGCUGCCAGGAGGCUCUGGAGGAGCUGACGAAGUCACAGCAGCAGCUGCCCCCCUGGACGAUAAUGCCAAUGCCAGUGUGGAGAUUCUGGCCAGCAGCGAGGAGCCAGCAAUAGGCGUUGGCGAAGAGAUGCCCAUCAUAAGCAAAACACGCACCUCAACUUCGUCAGUGGAGCCGGCUGAGGAGCCAACAUUAGCAACAGAGCUGGAAGGGGAAAAGGACCUGGAAUCAAAUCCAGUUUCCAAAACACCUAGGUCCACACCUACGCCAACCCUUGCGCCCGUCACGCCCACCGCCAGCGAUGGAGUGGCGGCCAAGAGCGUGAGGGUUACACGGCACUCGUCGCCACUGCUCCUGAUCAGCUCGCCCACGACAAGUAGACGUGAGGUCGGCGACGGAGCGUUAGAUAACGAGGAGCCAACGGGAUCGGGUGGCCAAAGAAAGAGCUCCGUGGAGCGAUCUUUGGCACCCGUUAUACGCGGACGGAAGUCCAUCAAGGAUCUGAAAGAAGCCAAAGAAGUCAAGUCCGAGGAGCCGCCUGCCGCAGCAUCAGAUUCAAGAGCUGCAAGUGGAGCGACGCCUGGCCAGGUCAAGGAACAGCAUGUCGGGGCUGGCAACGAACUGGAAUCCUUGCCAAUCACAGACAAGAAAGACCACAAAGACACAAAAGACAAGGAGGAUGAGCGGGAAACCGAUCAAGAUGCAGAGAAGGAAAAAUCAGCUGAGACAGAAAUAAUUGCAGAUACAGAAAAAUCUGUAGAGAAAGAAAAGUAUACAGAGAAGGACAAAACUGCCGAUAAAGAUGGAGGAAAAGAAAAACAUAGUGAUGCAAAUAAGGAUAUAGAUAAGGAGAAGGAAAAGGCAAAGGAAGCACUUCCUCCAGUGGUGCCAAUAGCACCAGUGACACCCACUUGUAAUCGUGUCACACGUAAAUCGCAUGCCCAGGAGCAAGCGAUUAACACACGGGUCACGCGCAAUCGUCGCCAGUCCUCAACAGUUGGAGCCAAUUCCUCUUCUGCGUUCUUGGUAGCUGCAUCCUCCUCAGUAGCAGAGCAACCUCCUCCAUCUCGCGGCCGACGGAAGAAGCCAGUGAUGGUGGCUCCACCCUUGGAGCCUGCGGGUAAACGGAAGCGAUCCCAAGAUGCUGAAGCCGACCCAGACGUCAACAACAGCGCGAAAUACAGCAAGGUGGAAGUGCUAAGGUCCGAGGAAGCUGAGGCACCAGAGGAGGAUUCCACUGCCGUGGCCAUUAAGCAGGAACCAGUUGAUGGCAGCGAGGUCAGUUCUAUUUCUCCAUCAGUCACGCCCACACCCACACCUACGCCAACGCCAGCCCCGAUCUCGGGCAGUCGUCGGGGUCGUGGUCGCCCGCAAAACAGAAACUCGUCAUCGCCUGCAGCCACAACGCGGGCCACGCGGCUGAGCAAGGCGGGAUCACCGGGUAUCCUGACGCCAGUUGCCCAGGAAACGAAACGGCGGCGAGUCGGCUCCACCACACGGAAGACUGCCUCGGCCAAUUCUCUGGCACCCAGCUCGCAGGGCGGCGCCGGGGAUGAGGACUCCAAGGAUAGUAUGGCCUCGUCCAUGGACGACCUGCUGAUGGCCGCAGCAGAUAUCAAGCAAGAGAAGCUGACGCCCGAAUUCGACGAUAGUUUGCUGCCAGAAAGCCUGCCCUCUACGUCUGGUGCUUCGAGUGCCAAUGGUCAUUCCUGCACCGAACCGCUUACUGUGGACACGGAAAUAAACGUUAAGCCCGCUGAUUCCAAAGUAAAGCCAAAGGACUCACCGGCGGCAACAGUCAAGGAAUCUCCAUCACAAUCCGAAACGCAAUCGGCAAAGGUGUCAUCAGAAGCUGGGAAGGCUCCAUCGCUUAGUCCAGAAAUGAUAAGCGAAGGCGUGAGUGCGGUCAGUGUUCUAAACUUUUACAAGAAGACUGAGUUCCUGGAAAACAAUCUGGGCAUUGAAAAGGAUCCGGAGCUGGGUGAAAUCGUUCAGACGGUUAGUAGCAAUGACACGGAAACAGAUGUCGAGAUGUCUGUUGACGGCGAGUUGAAUCCAGCAGCGUCUCCCAAGUCGCAAGAUAAAAAGGAAGAGGAGCAUGAUAAGAAUCAGAAAUCAGGGUCAAAAGCAGGAAAGAAGGCUUCAGCUCAAUUAGAACAUAAAGCUGAAGACAUAUCUGAAAUGCUUACCGAAGUUCCUGUUGAAAUUUCGACUGAGACUGCAGUUGAAAUUAUAGAAAAUGCAGAUGAAGACACUUGUUCAAAUAGCUCAAUGAAACCAGGUGAGCUCCGACUGGACGAGAGCAACGAUGGACCUGAACUGCUUCUGGAAAAUGCCCUCAUAGUCAAUGGUGAUGAGACACCAGAUCAAUCGGAGGAAAAGGAGGACCAGGUGGCGUUCUUCCAUUCAGGAGAAUACGAUGACUUUGAGCACGACAUUAUGGUGGAGCUGGAGAAGGAGGGUGUGUUAGAUGCCAGCGGCAACGCAUUGAGUCAGCAAAAGAUGGAAAUUGAGCAUCCCGAGGAUGCUUCUCUACUCGAAUCCAAAAACGACAUGGAGGAAGCCCUAGAUGCCGCCGAGGAAUCGGUUGACCGUAAGCCUCUUAAGGACCCGUCGGCCGCGGACGAAAUGGUGGAGGUGGAGGAGUCCUAUAUUGACAUUAAGCAACAGACGAAAAAGCUGGUAGUUGAACACCUGGCAGAAGAGGCCACGGAAGCGGACUGCGGUCCCGAGGAUAACAAGGAGAACUUGUCCACGUCGGCCACCAGCACAGCUGCCGUUGGUCUAGAUAUUCAGUUGGCCAUCAAGGAGGAUGAUGACGAGGAGAAACCGCUUGCAGUUAUCGCUGACGAACAAAAGCCUGAGCUGCUGCUGACUAAGGACAUGGAAGUGGAUGAGAAACCAAAUGGCAAACAGGAAUCGGUCUGCGAUGAGCAUAUUCAGCUGGUGCGGCAGGAUCAGGAAAGUCAUCAUCAGCAAAACCUUCGUCAAGAACAGGAAAUUCACUUGCAAAACCUGGGCCUGCUCACGCACCAGGCCGCUGAACAGCGACGCAAGUGUCUGCUUGAGGCACAGGCCCGCCAGGCGCAAUUUCAGCUCCAGCAACAUCACCACCAUCAGCACAAGCGACAAGGAGCGCGCGGUGGAGGCAGUGCCACUCAUGUGGAAUCCAGCGGUACUCUAAAGACAGUCAUCAAGCUGAACAGGAGCAGCAAUGGAGGAGUGGGCGGUAGUGGCGGCCUGCCUACUGGUACAGUUAUCCAUGGGGGCAGCGGCUCCUCCUCUGCUUCUUCCACGUCCUCCUCUUCGGUGGGCAGUGCCACACGUAAAUCAAGCGGUACUUUGGGCUCAGGAGCGGCAGCAGGUGCUGGCGUUCGCCGGCAGUCGCUUAAGAUGACAUUCCAGAAGGGUCGGGCUCGUGGUCACGGUGCUGCGGAUCGAUCCGCCGAUCAGUAUGGCGUCCACGCCGAGGACUCCUAUUACACCAUUCAGAACGAGAACGAAGGUGCGAAAAAGUUUGUUGUAACUACUGGUAAUCCCGGCCGCAAGACUAAUAACCGUUUCAGCUCGACUAACAACCACCACUCCACGGUAGCCUUGCACGGUAGCAACUCUACGGUCCAGUACUAUUCGUCACACUCGGAAAGUCAGGGACAGGCGGACCACGGCUUCUACCAGAUGGUCAAAAAGGACGAAAAGGAGAAGAUCCUUAUUCCGGAAAAGGCCUCCUCGUUUAAGUUUCAUCCAGGGAGGCUGUGCGAAGACCAGUGCUACUACUGCAGCGGAAAGUUUGGACUCUAUGACACCCCCUGCCAUGUUGGACAAAUAAAGUCCGUGGAGCGCCAGCAGAAGAUCUUAGCCAACGAGGAGAAGCUGACUGUGGAUAACUGCUUGUGCGACGCAUGUUUUCGACACGUGGAUCGCCGUGCAAAUGCGCCAUCCUACAAGAAGCGCCUUUCCGCUCCAGGUCACUUGGAAAUCGGGGCUGCGGCGGCAUCUUCACUAGAUAAACACUUUGCUGGCGACAGCGGCGUCAUUCCGGAAGCGGGUGGCGAAGCUAGUUCCACGGCAGCCGCGGCCGUGCAGCAACGUUCCUGUGCCGUGACGGAUUGUGUCGAGGCGGCAGGACACUCGCUGCGACGCAAGUGCAUCCGCAAGAGCGUGAAGAAGUUUCAGCUUAGCCUGGAGAUACCCGCGGGUUCGUCGAUAGUGUGGCUGUGUGAGGCGCAUUACAACACGGUCAUCCAAUUUUCCGGCUGCGUCCUUUGCAAGCGUAGAUUGGGAAAGAACCAUAUGUACAACAUAACCACGCAGGACACAGAUCGACUGGAAAAGGCGCUGUCCGAGAUGGGCAUCCCAGUUCAGCUUGGCAUGGGUACUGCAGUCUGCAAGCUGUGCCGCUAUUUUGCCAACCUAUUGAUGAAGCCACCGGACAGCACCAAGUCCCAAAAGGCGGAGUUUGUGAAGAACUACAGAAAGAGGCUCCUCAAAGUGCAUAAUCUGCAGGAUGGCAGUCAUGAGGUGUCCGAAGCGGAUGAAGAAGAGGCACCUAAUGCAACGGAGGCGGAAAGGGCAACCGCAGGCGGACAGGAAGACGCCGAGAUGCCCAUGGUAACGGACUAUGAUGGACCUACCGAUUCCAAUUCAAGUACUUCUUCGACAGCAGCCCUGUCCAUCAGCAAACAAAUGUCUAAGCUGCAGGCCAUCCUGCAGCAAAAUGUGGGAGCGGAUGUGGCAGAAGCAGCGGGAACAGGAGCCGUUGCAGCAAGUCCCGUAGGAAGCGGAUCUGGGGCAGAUAUCUCAAACGUAUUGCGCGGGAAUCCGAACAUUUCCAUGCGAGAACUUUUCCACGGUGAGGAAGAACUGGGUGUGCAGUUCAAGGUGCCGUUCGGAUGCAGCAGCAGCCAGCGCACGCCGGAGGGUUGGACACGGGUGCAGACUUUCCUACAGUACGAUGAGCCGACGCGCCGCCUCUGGGAGGAGUUGCAAAAGCCGUACGGCAACCAAAGCUCCUUUCUGCGCCACUUGAUUCUACUGGAAAAGUACUACCGAAACGGAGAUCUCGUCCUGGCACCGCACGCCUCCUCCAAUGCCACGGUUUACACUGAGACUGUUCGCCAGCGGCUAAAUUCUUUUGAUCACGGUCACUGCGGUGGAUUGAGCAGCACUGGCAGCCCUUCUUUUUCGGGUUCCGGCAAGCGCCAUGGGAUUCCUCAACCCACGGGUGCCAGUGUGCUGGCCACCGCCCUCACAACACCCUUGACAAGCCAUUCAUCCUCCUCUGCAUCCGUUUCAUCCGAUCAGCAUGCAUCGGUUGAUCCUGUUAUUCCGCUGGUAGAGCUCAAUGAUGACGAUGAAGGCGAAGAUGGAGCAGGGGGAGCGGGCGAAAGGGAGUCGAUAAAUAGGCAUGAGGAAACAAUCUUGGAAAGCCUCAGCACAGCCUCGGUGGACAAGCUGACCAAGCAGCUCAGUUCGAAUGCGGUGACGAUUAUCGCCCGUCCCAAAGAUAAAUCGCACCUCUCGUGCAACAGUGGAUCCUCCACGUCGAUUUCCAGCUCCUCGUCCGCUGUUUCCUCGCCGGAGGAAGUGGCCGUCACUAAGGUUACGGCAAUCGCACCAGUGCAGUCCAAGGAUGCACCGCCCCUGGCGCCCGCAAGUGGCAGUGUCAGCAACAGUCGCAGUAUCCUUAAAACCAAUCUCCUGGGUAUGAACAAGGCCGUGGAAAUUGUGCCGUUAACGACUGCCUCCCACGCAUCCACCUCUACAUCCACAGCUGCAUCUAAAAACUUCCUUACAUCUAUCGCCUCACUCGCUAACAAGCCAACUGAAUGCCAUAUACCUGAGAAACAGCAAAAGAUUCUGGACGUGGCCAAUAAGCUGCUCGGUAGCCAGGGCGAACCGGUACCAACCACCUUGCUUGGCCUGCAGUCAAAGCUUAAGCCUCCAAUGCAUCAGCAGCAGACGGGAGGAUCAGGAGCGGGAACUAGUGGCCCCCAGAAGCCUAAUGUGGCGCAAUUGCUUAGCUCUCCACCGGAGCUAAUCAGCUUGCAUCGACGGCGGACGAGCGGAUCAGCAGCGGCGUCGAGCAGCUUACUCGGCAACCUUUCGGGCAAGAGGCUUCAACUUCCACGAUCUGGAGCAGGGCCUUCAGCUGGAGCGGGAACGGGAACGGGCGCUGGAACAGCAGGAAGCCGCAGUGCGGGUGGACCACCACCGCCCAAUGUGGUCAUACUGCCGGACACCUUAACCGCCCAGGAGCGACACGAGAGCAAGAGCUGGAAGCCAACGCUGAUACCGCUGGAGGAUCAGCACAAGGUGCCGAACAAGUCACAUGCUCUUUAUCAGACCGCCGACGGUCGAAGGUUGCCCGCCCUGGUGCAAGUGCAGUCUGGUGGCAAGCCAUACCUCAUCUCUAUCUUCGACUACAACCGCAUGUGCAUCUUGCGCAGGGAAAAGCUGCUGCGGGACCAGAUGCUCAAAAGUAACGCCAAGCAAAAGCCGCAGAACCAGCAACAGCAGCAGGGCCAAACGCACCAGCAGCAGCAGAACUCCGCUGCAUCGGCAGCUGCCUUCUCCAACAUGGUUAAACAACACACGGCGCGACAGCAGCUCCAGCAGCUGCAACAGAAGCAACAGCAACAGCAGCAGCAACAUUAUGCCACUUUACAACUAGGUGGUGCAGCUGGAACGGGUGUGCGACUUGCCCGUCUGACGCAAAAACCGAUGCCACCACUGACUAAUCCGCAGAUUGGCAGUCAGGCACCCAACUUCCAGCCGUUGCUGCCCAGUACGCUGGACAACAGCAACAGCUCCUGGCUGUGGAAAAACUUUCCUGAUCCCAAUCAGUAUCUGCUAAAUGGAAAUGGAGGGGGUGCCGGGAGCUCCUCCAGCAAGUUGCCACAUCUCACGGCCAAACCAGCCACGGCAACCAGUAGUUGCGGAGCGGCCAACAAAUCCGCAGGAAGCCUAUUUACCCUCAAGCAGCAGCAGCACCAGCAGAAGCUCAUCGACAACGCUAUCAUGUCAAAGAUACCCAAAAGUUUGACAGUAAUACCGCAGCAGAUGGGUGGAAAUGCCGGUGGCGAUAUGGGGGGCAGCAGCUCCCCGGCAAGGACUGAUGACGGCGAAGGAGGGCGCCAUGGCCAUUAGCCGUAGCGUCGGUGGCCACCCGGCGGAGUAGCAGGAUCAACAAGCAGACGUCGAGCAGCUUAAGUGGCGAGCUUCACAGCAAGAGGUGACCAGCGGCGGCUCCAUGGAUAUCACAAACUCCACAAUUCCAUGGCUGCAGUAGAAUAAGUGAUAAACUAAAAAACAGUGGACGGACAGACAAGAAACAGAUGAGCAACCAAGAUAAUUCUAAGAUUACAUAACGUUGUUUGUGUAUAAACGAGAUACGGUUACGAAUACGAUUACACUAUAAGUACGCACUAGUUAGGCCCUCUAGCCGAUACGACAGAUGCAUGAUGGCACAGAUGAAGUUGCCGAUGCGAAUGCGAUUUAGGAUACGGAUAUGGAUAGUUAGGGAUACCAAUGCACCUUACUCUAAUCUAUGCUACUCUAUAAUUGUAGACUUAAACUUUAUUUUUUUAAUUAGAUUUACGGGCAUAUAAACUUGCGAUUCGUGUAUUAUAGAUACCAAAAUUGCUACAGCUAAACGGUUUAUAGAUUUAUAAGCGACUCCGGAACAC